CCUCGAGCGCCCUCUGCCGUCUGCCUUCUACAGCGGCCUCUCAUCACGUGACCCGCAGACUGAGCUAAUCGAACCGCGAACUCUUCAGACAUUACGAAUCGCACGUGAAGAACAGCUGAGCGGCAUGAUGUGAAUUCUUCUACUUUGUUAUCCUUUGCCUUCUCUCUGUAUUUGAUUUCCAGUUUCCUCUGUGUCUCUGCUCCUUGUCCAUCUUGUGCCACCUCCAUGCGGGAUGUCAGACCUUCGGAAGUCUCCGUUUGUAGUAACCUUAGAAAUAAACCUGAUCCUGGUGGCUCUGACAGCGGUGGGGGUUCUGAGCAGACUGUGGAACCUUUCUUACCCCCAGGCCGUGGUAUUCGAUGAAGUAUAUUAUGGCCAGUUUAUAUCCAUGUAUAUGAAAGGUAUAUUCUUCUUGGAUGACAGUGGACCCCCCUUAGGACACAUGAUUUUGGCUUUAGGAGGAUAUCUGAGCGGUUUUGAUGGUAACUUCAUGUGGAACAGAAUUGGAGCAGAAUAUGCCAGCAAUGUCCCUGUUUGGGCCCUUCGCCUACUGCCAGCUGUGUCCGGAGGACUGUGUGUUCCGCUGGCCUAUCAGAUAGUACUGGAGCUUGGAUUCUCUACGCUGGCAGGACUGAUAGCUGCUCUUUUGGUUUUGUUUGAAAAUGCUCUAAUCACCCAAUCACGACUGAUCCUGCUGGAACCUGUCCUCAUCUUCUUCAUUCUUCUGACUUUCCUGUCAUACCUCAAGUUUCAGAGUUACCAGCAGAUCAGUCCGUUUUCCAUGUCCUGGUGGUUCUGGCUGGUUUUGACUGGUGUUUCCUGCUCAUUUGCUGUGGGGGUGAAGUAUAUGGGUCUCUUCACUUAUCUUCUGAUUCUCGGGAUAGCUGUAGUCCAUAGCUGGCAGCUGAUUGGUGACCGCAAACUCUCCAAUAUGUUAGUGGCGUUUCACUUGGGAGCACGCUGCUUGGCUCUUCUGCUUGUACCUGCAGCUCUUUACCUGGGAACCUUCUAUAUACACCUAUCCAUACUGACUCACUCCGGGCCCCAUGAUCACAUUAUGAGCAGUGCAUUCCAAGCUAGUCUGGAGGGAGGUCUGUCACGGAUUACCCAGGGGCAGCCACUAGAGGUGGCAUUUGGCUCCCAGAUUACCCUUCGAAAUGGCUUUGGUAAACCAGUGCCUUGCUGGCUGCACUCGCACAAGCACACUUAUCCAGUAAUGUAUGAGGGAGGACGCGGGAGUUCACACCAGCAGCAGGUCACCUGUUAUCCUUAUAAAGAUGUCAAUAACUGGUGGAUUGUCAAGGACCCAUCCAGACAGGAAAUGAUUGUCAGCUCACCGCCACGUGCUGUGCGUCACGGAGACACUGUGCAACUUGUGCAUGGCAUGACAGCUCGAUUCCUCAACACACAUGACGUGGCUGCCCCUCUUUCACCAUAUUCUCAAGAGAUCUCCUGCUAUGUUGAUUAUAAUAUUUCAAUGCCAGCUCAGACACUAUGGAAGGUGGAGAUUGUAAACAGGGAAUCUGACAAGGACACAUGGAAAACCAUCUUGUCUGAAGUCAGACUAGUUCAUGUGAAUACAACUGCAACUUUGAAGCUUAGUGGGUCAGCUCUACUGGACUGGGGCUUCCGGCAGCUGGAGGUGGUUGGAGACAAGGUAGCUAAGGGCUAUCACCAGAGCCUUGUCUGGAAUGUGGAGGAGCACCGCUAUGGCAAGAGCCGGGAGCAGUCUGAGCGAGAGAAGGAGUUGCACACUUCUCCGCAGAUGGAUGUUGGGAGGAAUCUCAGUUUCAUGGCUCGGUUUUGGGAACUCCAGUGCAAGAUGCUGACUAUGAGGAGUGAAAGUCCGGAACACAAGUACAGCUCAUCACCCCUAGACUGGGUAUCCCUGGACACCAGCAUCGCUUACUGGCUUCACCCCAAGACCACUGCUCAGAUCCAGCUCUUGGGUAAUCCCAUCAUCUGGUAUUCUGCAAACAUUGGCGCCAUACUGUACACCGUUCUAUUCCUUUUUUACUUGCUGCGGCAGAGAAGAGCGAUUUAUGACAUUCCCCAAGGUUCAUGGCAGGCGCUGCAGCUGACAGGAAUACUGUGCCUUGGCGGGUGGGCUGUGAAUUACCUGCCAUUCUUUCUAAUGGAGAAGACCCUCUUUCUUUAUCACUACCUCCCAGCUCUGACCUGCCUUAUUCUUCUGUUGCCUCCACUGCUUGAACACAUUCACCAGCACCUGCUUAGGUCUGAGGCUCUGAAAAACACAUUCUCCUCCCUGCUUUUGGUUUGGAUGUCUAGCGUUUUUCUGAUUUACCGCAGACUAUGUCCUCUGACUUUUGGAGACCCUGCGCUAUCGGCGUCAGAACUCCGGAGUCUACGUUGGAAGGACACAUGGGAUAUUCUGAUCAGAAAACAAUGACACUGAAUUAAGGAACCAUGAAUGGACUUUGCACAAUGGCAGCAGUACGGUCACAAGCACUGCCGGACGCCCAGUUUACAUGAUGGUGGCUGUGUGGUGAGAGACUAUGCUCUACCUCUAUAGAGUUUUACAGAUGGAUUGUGUUAGCUAUGUUUGGCAAAUGACUUGCAUAGGUUUGAGAAUCUAGACUAGAGGUUGGCUACAUUUGUUUAGGUUUAUUAUUGCUCGGCGUGCCACACUGGCAACAACAGAGCAAGCCGGUUGUCACCCGCAAAACAUCCAGUAUCCUUUUUGGUGGUACUGUACAGUCAGAUCCCAUAUGUAGAAUGUUAAACAUUUAGAUAAAGGAAGUUGCUCUGUUCUAGGUUUAGUUAAAGGCAAUCUGUCAAGAAUGAGACUUAACAGCUGGCAUGAUGAACUUGUUUUUAAAGCCCAUUAAAGUAAAAAAAAAAACACAAAUAUGG